AUGACCGUCUAUGUGAACCAGACAGUCCACCACUACUGCGACGAAGUGGAACUAGGAUAUGGGGCUCUUCGAUCUCACGUUGCAAAUCUCACUGUCAGAGCCGAAGACAUUCUCAACUUCUAUCAUGAGAAUUCCCCUGGUGCACCGAUUAUGUUCGACCGCUUGUAUACUAGUGGUCUCGGAGCUCUCUAG